UACCUAUAGACGGCAAAUAAAUUCAUGACCACAAGAGCAAACACUUGAGAGAUAUUGGCCAAUAAACCACAUAUCCAUCGUCGUCUCAAAUCUCUCACUACUGUCCUCGCACGCCUCACCCGCCCAAAGUGUCGGAUCUCAAGCCUUGCCGCGGUCAGAUUCGUCCGGCCUUUGAAGAGGUUCUGCGAUUAUCGCUGUGGUGCGCUGGCUCGACCUUCACACAUGUAUUUGUGUGGAGAUGAAGACGUCCUGACGGUGAUUCAGAUGAAUGAAUCCAACCAGCAGCCCAAAAUCCAGCAUACUCCCCUCCCUCCGAACAUGAGCUCACCAUGCUCCUCUCUUACUAAAUCGUUGUGAGGUCCCUACAUCGCUUCGCCCUCUCCGUUCAACCUGUACUGCAUAUAUUCUUCUCCUCUUGUGAUCUCCGGCUGUCUACAUUUUCCGCAUUAACAUGGACAAAUGUCAACAUCACCGCAAGGUCGACCGGCAGGCUUUGAAACAGCCACGCUUCGACCCCGAGGAUCUGGCCUGUCAUGAAAGUUCCAGCACACCAUCGUUGGAGCGGACCACCAGCUCGACCUAUUCCAACGAUUCCUACUGCACCGGCUACGAGGGGGGACAAGCCAUGCAGAGUGGCAGCUCGUGUACUUCGGGUUCCAUCCACGGCUAUGACCCCGCUUCGUCUCCUCUGGCCGGCAGCAGCCAGGACAAUUUUGAUGCUGGUCACAACAGCCACAGUCACUCAACGGCAGCUAUCUACGACCAAAGUCAGAUAUUCGACCUCACACAGAAGAGCGCGACCCUGGAUAUACGCCAGCCUCCGCAUCCCCCCCAAGUGGUAGCCGACUCGCCAUCACCCGAAGAUCUGGCCUGUCAUAAAAUAUUCUACCUCAUACAGAAGAGCGCCCUCCUGUAUGCAGGCCAGCCUCUGCAUCCCCCCAACGUGAUGGCUGACUGGCCAUCGCCCGAAGAUCUGGCCUGUUAUGAAAUAUUCAAUCUCAUACAGAAGAGCGCUCUCCCGUAUACAGACCAAUUUCUGUAUCCCCCCAAUGUGAUAGCCGACUGGCUGUUGCCCGGGGAUCUAGCCUGUUAUAAAAUAUUCAACCUCAUACAGAAGAGCGCCCUCUCAUAUACAGGCCAGCCUCCGCAUCCCCCCAACAUGGUGGCUGAUUCGCUAUCGCCCGGAGAUCUGGCCUGUUAUGAAAUAUUCAUACUCAUACAGAAGAGCGCUCUCCCGUAUACAAGCCAGCCUCUGCAUCCCCCCAAUGUGGUGGCCGACUCGCUGUCGCCCGGGGAUCUGGCCUGUUAUAAAAUAUUCAACCUCAUACAGGAGAGCGCCCUCCUUUAUGCAGGUCAGCCUCCGCAUCCCCCCAAUGUGGUGGCCGACUCGCUGUCGCCCGUCGCGCAAGCCAACUGUAAGGAUCAAUACCAAUGCUUGAAUCAAGGCUGCGAAGCCGAACCCUUCUCAAGACACGCGGACCUUGUUCGGCAUUACAGGCACGUGCACGCCCCAAAAUCCCAACUCAAACAAUAUUAUUGUGACUACAAGAGCUGCCGGCGCUCCAAAACCCGCCAGUCGCCUUCCGCCAGGGACGAGGACCAGGUGAUCCCUUUCACACGCAAGGACCAUUACAAGGCCCACCUUCGCGAUUUUCACCUGGAAGCUCUGCCAAAGCGCAGCGCCAAGGAUGAUCCAGACUGGGCGACAGAAAAGCAAUUGAAAAGAACGUGGUGGCGCUGCGUCAGGUGCCUGAAGAGAAACUGGCUCUUAGAAGGCAGUCCGAAGUACGUUUGCAAUUGCGGUACCGAAUUGGACCCGGAGAUCCAGAACGAGAGGCGCAGGCUUUUUGGUCCAAGUUCUCCCGCGAGAUCCCACUGGUAGUAGUGCCGUGCAGUGUCGGCUCCAACGUGCCUGUAGUCUGUCUUACCGGGGCUUCCACCCAGUUUACGUCGCAGCGCGCGGGCCGGAGCCUCGAUGGAUCGCAGCCCGAACCUGACGAAGACCUCGAGAUGGAACUUCCGCGCCGAUCGCAGCCCGAACCUAACGAAAACCUCGAAAUGAAACUCCGCGCCGAUCGCACCACCACCGCCGCCGCUGCCGCCCCCCAAGAUUCAAACCAGUCAGGCGCCACACAAGCCAAAUGGGCACCCUUAGCCUCAGACACUAACUGAAGUGAGGUUACUCAAUUACGAACUUUCUCCAUCGGGGGCACAUCAUCGCCCGCACGCAUCUUGUCUAUUUGGCACUUUAUCAUUUCCUCACCGCUGGAUGGCCUGACUGCACUUCCUCGAUCGGGAUGGAGGAAACAAGUCGCCCUUGAUCGAGGCUGUGGCAUCAAACCAUCGUUUUCGCGAGGUGUAUUUUACUUCUUUACUUUUUUUCUUUCUCUUUUCAAUCUGCUUCAG